CGUACCCCUGUAGUUCUUCUUCCUCCUCCCUCCAAAGCAAAGCAAGUUCUUGCUUCCUCUUCCCAUGCAAAGCUCUGCUCGUGGGUCAAAGCAAGGCCAAGUUCUUGGUUCUCAUCCGGUUCAAGGUUCUUGUGUACUUGGGCAUGUGUUGAGCACCACGGCGCCAGUCCAUCUUUCUCGCGCCCACAACGGAGAAACCGGCCAGCCGGCCGGUUCCUCUCUUGUUUGCGAAGAGAAAGACGGAUGGCUUGGCUGGGUUUCACCGGUACAAGGGAGGGAGAAGAAUUUGGGAGCAAGUUGUUUGUUGUUGAAGCACUUGUAAUUUUCUGUCCUUUUUGCAGCGACGAACAAGGGACGGAUCCACCCAAACCCAACCCGCGCCCAUUGGAUCCAUGCCGCGUCCGACCCGGCUGGAAUGGACCCACCGGAACGGAACGCUGGCCGCCGUUCCUCUCAGCGCCCCGUUCCCCCCGUUAAGCCCGCUGGCCGCCGUUCCAACCCACCGGAACGUAACCCACACCGUCCCGACGGCUGGAACGCCGUUAGGGUUGCGCGGCCCUACAAAUAGGCGCGCCGUACGCCCAUUCCCCCUCCCGUCCUCCCACCCCGCCGCCGCAGCGCUCGCCCCGAGCCUGGAUCCUUCGCCUCGACGGGUGCGAUUGGAUCGAUCCGCCGGCCUCUCUCCCCUCUCGCCACCGCCGACGAGAAGACCGUGAGGUGAUGGCUCGUGGGAAACAGCUCCCACGUGGUCAGAGGGACCUUCCCUCAGACAGGCCUGCGCACACCCGCACAACAAGACCCAUCGAGAUCCGUGAAGUUACCGCUGAUGGGAUCGUCAUGGCCUCAGAAGUACCGUUCUACGAGGUCAUGCCUAAGGCCUGCACCAAGCGCCAGCUGAAGUGGCGCCGUCUUAUACAGAAGCUGGGCACCUAUGGCAACGCAACAAUUGUCUAUCCCCUGACAGAAAUUGAGCAGGAGCUUCUUAAUGCGAUGGGAGCAUUGGCCGUUCAGCAGUUUGAGGACUGAAGGUUGGAAACCCACUUUUUUUGCUCAGGUGAAGGUUCUCGUCUCAUUUUGCUUAGUCUUUGCUGCAAGUUAAAUGAUCUUCCAUGUGCCUAGCGAACAUUCCUCUUGAUUUUCGAACUCCUGUUGUGGUCUGUAUAACGUCCGUCACCUUAUAAGCUAUGUGCCACUUAUGCUGAGAUGUUAACGACUCUAUGCUAUGCCACUUGUGCUGAGAUGCCACUUACGCUGAGAUGUUAACUACUAUGCUAUGCCACUUCACUCGUUUAUAUGUCUUGUUAUCCGAAUGUGAUGGAACAAAAUGCUUUUUGUUUAUGAUAAAAUCGGGGUUGAAAAGUAAGUGCUUAUUUCC